AGUUUUGUGGUGUUGAGGGUGUCGGCUGAGAAAAUCUUUGUUGAAUUAGUGAAAAUGGGAAGGAAGUGCUCACAUUGUGGAACCAUAGGACAUAACUCUAGGACCUGCACAUCUUUCAGAGGAACUAGUUUCGUUGGACUUCGCCUCUUCGGAGUGCAACUAGACAUAUCCUCAUCUAAUUGUGUUACCAUCAAGAAAAGCUUUAGCAUGGACUCCAUACCCUCAUCUUCCUCUCCAUCUUCCUCAUUUUCUUCAUCAAGAUUAACCAUUGAUGACAGAACCUCUAUUGGGUAUCUCUCAGAUGGUCUCAUCGCUCGAGCCCAAGAGAGAAAGAAAGGAGUUCCAUGGACAGAAGAGGAGCACCGAAUAUUCCUUAUUGGACUUGAGAAGCUGGGAAAAGGUGAUUGGAGGGGUAUCUCUAGAAACUUUGUGACAACAAGAACCCCAACACAAGUAGCCAGCCAUGCUCAGAAAUACUUUCUGAGACUGGCAACAAUGAAUAAGAAGAAGCGACGUUCAAGUCUCUUUGAUUUGGUUGGUAGCAGCAACAUCAACACAAAAGGUCAUCAUCCUAUUACAAAUUCUAAUUGCAAGCCAGGAGAUUCAGUUGAGAAAGAUGCCACUUUGUCAUUGUUAGGGCGCAUAGCCUGCUUUCAACAAGAAACCAAAUCAAAUAAGAAAGAAGAUUCUGAUAGUUACUAUGAAGUUGAACCAGCUGCAGAACAUGAAGGUGUGGCUAUGUGGAUACAUCCCCAGAUGAAAUCUUCAAAUGUGGUAGCAGCGCCUGAUCUGGAGCUAAGUCUUGCAGCCCCUAAGGCUAAAACCAUGGAACAAAAUAAUUCAUCCACUGGUUCAUUCCUGCUUGGACCAAUUAGCGUUACUUAAACUUUUAACAUUUUAUUAUAUAAUGUCUUAUUUGGAAUGUACCCUUUUAUCUGUUGUCUAGUGUCAACUCAUGCAAAAGAUCAUCCCAUCAAAGAAACACAUUUUU